GCACUCCGCUACACGGCCGUGCCGGUCCGCCGCUGGCGCAACCGCAAAGGAAGCUGAUUCAGUGAAUAAAAUGGAUACAGACGACACGGCAUCGGGAAGUGGCGCCCAGAAGCGGCGAACCGUUCCCGAUGACGACAGAAUAAUCGAACGCAAGAUUCCGAGAACAACAGAGCGGGAUUCGGCGGAGCAGCGGUUCUUUGACCGGCUGUUCGGGCCUCCUCCCGAGGAGAUGCAGCAGGAGGCGAUGGAAGCCGCGCCUUGCAGGACAGCACUGUCUGCAGAGGCAGCUGAUCCAGCAAAGAAAAUGGAUACAGACGAAACGGCGUCGGGAAGUGGAGCCAGGAACCGGCGAACUGUUCCCUGUGACGACAGAAAAAUAGAGCGGAGGAUUCCGAGAAUAACAGAGCGGAAUUCGCCAGAGGACCGAGGCUGCGACUGGAUGAUCGGGUUCGCUCCUGUGGAAGUACAGCCGGGGCGCUGGCCGCUCGUUCCUCGCACGGCUGCACCGGUCCCAGAGGAAGCUGAUUCAGUGAAUAAAAUGGAUACAGACGACACGGCGUCUGGAAGUGGCGCCCAGGAAGCGGCGAACCGUUCCCGAUGACGACAGAAUAAUCGAAAGCAACAUUCCGCCGAGAACAUCAGAGCGGGAUUCGGCUGAGCAGCGGUUCUUUGACCGGCUGUUCGGGCCUCCUCCCGAGG